AUGAUGAAAACGGAGGGAGGUUCGCCAUCCUUUGGCGGCAGCGGCUACAUGGACGAUGAAUUCUACGAAGACACGGGCGAGCUAUCGUUGCCGCGUGAAGGCGAAAAGCAUGUCAUGCUCGCGCGUAUCCCAGACUGGCUAUACGCGCACAUCUCGAACUGGGAUGAGUUUGCGCAAGGCAACGACAACGAUCAGAUCGUACUCGGCGAGGUCUUGUCACUGCCUCCUGACAAUGCGUAUGACAAGAACAAAAAUAAGGGCAAGAAUGGAAAGCAGUCGCAAAACCAGCCACAAGGUCCGCCAGUGGCGCCGUCUAUGCGCGUCUUCUUCAACAACGCAUGGCGAGAUAAGUCCGGGCUGCCGACAGCUUUCGAAGUCGAAGGCCAGAGCGCGAACGACACCAUGCUGCACAACACAUACAUCUUCACCGAGAAAGAUCUCCCAGGCUACAAGCAAAACGGCAUCGGCCAGAGCAAGUCCAGCAGCUUCGGCGGCGCAGUGCACGACUCCAAAGCACGCAUUCACAAGCCGCGCUCAAAGUACAAGCGCGCCGUCCCCAAGCAAACCGCCCUCAUCGGCAGCGUCACCACCCAGCAUCUCGCGAACCCCCUCAACACCGCCGAAUUCAUCGCCUUCAACCAGCAGCGCACAAAAGCCGCCAUCGAAGGCCGCAACUCCCGCACAAACAUCCUCGCCGAAACCGUCGACGAGGUCACCGUCAUGAACAAUUUGCAAGACCAGUUCACCUCCUUCAUCCGGCCCGACAAGAAGCCUAAGAGCCAGCAGAACAAGUACGCUCGUCUGCCGCGCAACGAGCUGCUGGAUAUCUUGCAUGGCUUGUUCGACGAGUAUAGGUUCUGGGGCAUGAAGACGCUCAAGGCGAAGACGAGGCAGCCGGAGGCGUACCUCAAGGAGGUCCUGCCGAGUAUUGCGCAGUUAGUCAAGAGCGGGCCGUUCGCAAGCAAUUGGACGAGGCAGGAUAUCUUCAGCAACAGAGUGUCGGCGAAUGAGGGGAGGGCCGAUGAUAACAUCAAGGUGGAGGACGUCGAUGACGACGACGAGGAGAUGGAGGACGUUGUGUAA